AUGACGCUUAAAUCUUGUUCCACUGCAGAACGCACGCUCCCUUACCUGGUAAGGUGGCAUGACUGAAUCAGCAGGUGAUUUUGUGACUUCCACCGGGUGGUUUCCAAACAUGGAACCAGGACCCCCGGUGGGACCUCAAAGUUAUGGUGCUCCGCUGUCGAACGACUGGAUGUACUGGUCAAUGAUGCCGCCGCCGCCGCCACCCCCACCGUUGCCAUCUCCACACGCACCUGGGUCAGAAUCCGCUUCGCGGGCACAGUCCUCUUCGGGGGCCCAACCUCUCCCAGGGGCGCCGCCACCCUUCGACGCUCAGAUUCUUCCCGGUGCUCAGCCCCCCUUUGACUCCCAGCCCCCCAAAGACUCUCACCCUCAAUUCAAUGGCCAGCCUUCCUGGCAUUUCCAGGCUUCGACAUCAUGGUACUGGGGUCAAUCUCCUGGUGUUCGCCCUUGGCAUCAGCAGCCCCACAAAACUCCAGUUAAACAUUCUUAUUUUCCACAAAAACAUGAUGCUAAGUUCACUACCUUCAACUCUCCGGGUAAAAAACAGAAAAAAAAGAAAAGAAAGGAACCAGUGUUUAACUAUUUUUGUGAUACCUGUGACCGUGGUUUUAAAAAUCAAGAAAAGUUUGAUACACACAUGUCUGAACACACAAAAUGUCCUGAAGCAGAUUGUUCUUUUACUGCACAUGAGAAAAUUGUCCAGUUUCACUGGAGAAAUAUGCAUGCUCCCGGUAUGAAGAAGAUCAAGUUAGACACACCAGAGGAUAUUGCAAGAUGGAGGGAAGAAAGAAAAAAAAACUACCCAACUAUAGCAAAUAUUGAAAGGAAAAAAAAAUUAAAAAUUGAAAAGGAAAAAAGUGGAGCAGUAUUGUCAACAACACAGUAUGGCAAGAUGAAGGGAAUGUCCAGACAUUCACAGAUGGCAAAGACCAGAAGUCCCGGCAAACAUCACAAAUGGAAAAAUGAUCAUGCUGAGCAGAAAGCUUCCACUGGCUCAGGCCACCACUUGUGUGAUUCAAAACCUAAAGGUCCACCUGUGAUGAAUGCAGACCAACCGAAUGUUGUGGCAGUCACUGACUCUGAACAUUACUCAGACGUCACCUUUCACAUUUUAGAUCACACAGCUUUUCUCAAGUAUCUUUAUAAACAGCAUUUGUUGACUAAAUGCUGUAGUACAAGAGAAAGAAAGUUAAGGGUGAUCACUAGGUAUUCAACUACCAUUGAAAAGGAAGAGUUUUCAUUUACUUAG